AGAUAAUUCAACCCGAAAAGGCCUACAAUCAAAAUUUGAAUUAGCAAAAAUUUGAAUUUUAAAAAAAUUAACCGCGAAAAAAUUUGAAAACGAAAAAUGGCGCUAGAAACGAGCGAUUUGACCAGUUUGAGCUGGUUGCACAAUCUCAACAUUAUGGACAAUCUGUCGUCGAUGAGCGGGACGGCGCCGCCGACGCCACCCGCAUCGCCGCUGCCCGAUCACCUGCUGGGAAUGAUGGGCUGCAUGACGGCCUCAUCUUAUUCCAGCAGCAGCCGGGCAGCCUCGCUCACCAGCUCAACAUCUCACCCUGGGAGGGAUAACAACAACAGCGGGCAGCGCUACGGUUCGUCCGGCAACAACAAACGUCCGUCGUCUUCGACGUCGUCAACAUCGUCGACCUCUUCGUCCUCGUCCGUUUCAUCGGCCGUCGUCAAGGAGGAAGAGAUCGACUACAAGACGGUGGGCGACGUCAAGCCGCCGUACUCGUACGCGUCGCUCAUUUGCAUGGCCAUGAAGAGCAACAAGCACAAGAUGACGCUCUCCUCCAUCUACAAAUGGAUCAAGGAGAACUUUCUCUACUACCGCAACGCCGAUCCCAGUUGGCAGAAUUCCAUCCGGCACAAUUUGUCGCUCAACAAAUGUUUCAUCAAAAUCCCGCGCUCCAAAGACGAGCCGGGCAAGGGCGGAUUCUGGCGGCUCGAUCCGGCCUUCGAGAGUAAAUUAGACGACAAUUCGCUCAAGAAGAAGCGGCUGGGAUUGGGCAUGAACAAGAAGAGCGGAUCCAGGAGCGGGCGGAUGGCCGCCGGAAGCGCCGGAAGCGCUAGCCGGAAUAAAGUUAAAACCAAUAAAAGUUGCGACCGCCAACUGGAAGAGGCCUGCAUGUCCAUUAUCGACGAAAUGUCAAUGGCGUCGGUGGCCAUCUUGCCACCGAUGGAUGGGCCGUUCGCUCUGGCCGGCGACUGUACUGCUCCUGCUGGUCCGAUCGACUUGUUCAAUAACGCCACCUGGGGCGGAUUCCGCGAUUCGGAUCUUUUCUUCGACCAGCUCUCGGUGCCCGGCUCUGCCGAUCCCACCGUCACCUAUUGCAACAACACGGCCGGCGGAAGUAACAGCAACAGCGGAGGAAUUGAAUUCAGCCCGGUGUCGAUGCCGGCCUCGACCGACAUUGACGACGUCGAGGAACUUUUCGGCUGCUGCACCGAAGAGAAUGGCAGUGACGAUUGCUCCUGUUCGGACCUCCUGAUGACGGACGCCAACGCUUCGCUGGACCUGACCAUCUACGGCCAGCAGGGCCAGCAAGGCCAGCAAUCAUCCGCCGACGGAUGGAUUAAAUACGUCGAUUUCCCAGCGUCGGAAACGUCCGUUGACGAGCCUUACUCUUACAGCGACCUGAUCCUGGGCCUCAACCUUCACCAGCAGCAGCAGUCGCUGAUGGCCGAUAAUACCAACAACAGCGGAGGAGUCCAGUGUCACUUGUUCAACACCUCCGUCUCUCACUGGGAAAGCGAACUAGUCAUGGCCAGCAGCAGCGCCAAUAAUAAUCAUCGAGUGUUAUCCAUCCUGGAACCGGGAUUGGACUUUGAGGGGCUCAUCGAUCUCGACAAUUUGUAAAGAUUUGAAUAUAGUCUGUUUGAAAUGUGUGUGUGUAAUAGGCCCUGAUUCAUUGUACUAAUUCAUUUUGCUGAUGUAAUGACGUCGUUCGUCUGCUGAUGUUGCUGUGAUCCAUCCAGCACGAGAAACACACACACACACGCACAAUGUCAAUCCCAUCACUUUCACCCCACUUAAUUAUUGCUAUUCUCGUCACAGCUGCAGCACGUUCUAAUUAAUCAACGAAAAAAUACGAAAUCGAUAUAUUUGAUCUUGUUGUGUCUCUAAUAAUAUUAUGUGUGAGCGCCCGAUAUCCUUGAUCCGUCCAAAUGCCUAAUGAUUUGCAGCCGCUGGUCGUGCAUAUUCGAUUAUACAUAGACAGGCUCGCAAUUCAGAGGGUGGAAAAGAAAUUUUCAACUUUUGAUCGUCAAUUUGUAUAAUUCAACAUUGUUGUAUCAUAGAAUAAUCAUCCUAUUUUGUGAUGGUGAGAGUGUUUAGACGCCUUUCGACUGCGUUUUAUUCUACGUCACAAAUUUGUUGUCUUUUGAUUUCAUUAGAUUCUAGUCUAUUUAAAAAAUAAGAAAAUACUAAUCAAUUCUUUUAAAUCAAUUUGCGUGUCAACUCCUGAUGAACCGAUGCUCUUUCUACAUUGACAAAAAACCGCCAAUUAUAAAUGAAUUAGAAAUUGAAAUUCGUGGGCGGAUUGAAAAUUUCCUUCCUGGCCACAAAAGUAAAAAAAUUUAAAAAAAAAAUAAAAAAAAAAAAUUAAUUAAAUUAUUACGUUGUGUCUUUUGAAUUAAAAUGUCUUUGGCUGACCCCCAAACAGUGUUUGGGUGAUGCAGCGAAAAAUCUAUUUUGUCUAUGUACAUAAAUUAAAUUCCCCCCUAAAAAAAAUCAAAUUUUCAUAAUAAUCCAGUCAACUUGUGUAACUCUCCUAUAUUUUGAUCGCCAUAAUAACAUCAACAACAACACAUCAACUCUAUAAAUAUAAAUAGUCAAAUAGAUAUCUCUCUAGUCGGUAUACUAUUAUUAUAUUCUGAUUGUACUUUGAAGAUGAUGAUUAAUUAAAGUGGAAAGACAAUAAUUCUACAGCGCCGCAUUCAAAUAACAUUUCAAUUCGUGUCUGUGUCUAUGAUAAAAAAAUUUGAUGGCUGUGCCCCCAAUUCUUUUUUUAUCAGAACCCCACGUCGAACAAAAAUAACUAUACCGUAUAGUGCUGUUUGUUGUGUAAACGUGUUUGUUACAUUGAAUUGCCAAAAAUAAUAAUUAAAUGAAGAAUAAUGUGAAUGGGAAAU